AUGGGAUACAGGUUGUUGCGUGACAAUGUCUUCAAGGCGAGUUGUGCCAAAGACUCCGACGAGCUUCGAGCGCGGCGAGAGCCGACGAUGUUAUACAAAGAGGAUCAACUAGUUGCCCCAGCGUCAGGCACUGAGCGACGCUAUACAUUGGUACUUGAUUUAGACGAAACUGUAAUAUAUGCUCGCGAGGGUCCCCUUUAUGCUCGCGCAUAUUUGAAGGAGUUACUUUCUUUCAUAAGGAAAAACUUUGAAGUUAUUGUAUGGACAGCCGGUGAGCGGGAGUAUGCCGAAUGCAUCUUGGAAGAGAUAAAUAUACGCAAUACAGUUCGACACCUCAUACACCGCCACAAAACUUGGUUCAGUUUUGAUGAUUAUACGAAGGAUUUGACAAAGCUCGGACGAAACUUGGACUACGUUAUCAUUAUCGAAAAUUCCCCGGACUGCGUUCGCACGAACCCACAGAACGGUAUUAUUGUCGAUGACUUCAGAGUGAGCCAAACCCCACCCAUGGAAGAAGCGGAAGCAGCAUGGGAGGGAGACGGAAAUAAUAGAGAAAGGAAGGCUGGAAGCAGGAGCGACAGCAAAACACGACGUCAGGUGACAGAUCGAACUCUCCUUCUCCUAAGGGAAGUAUUAAAGGCGAUGGUAGAGAGUGGUGAAACGGUCCCUGAUUUUCUUGCAAAGUGCCCGUUAUUAACUCAACGGCGCGUCAUAGGUUCUGACGGUAGCCAAAUUCAAACAUAUCAUCUCGGGACCCGCCGCAAACGAGGGAUACCUCAACUGUGCGCCUCAUCACCUAAACGAAGGCGGGUAACGAAGGAAUCGGCUCCCGGUGCCACCUGCACGUCAUAA